GAAUGUACAUGUAAAUCACAUGUACAUGUACAACCACAGAGGUGUGCAAUUAAAUAUGGCAGAACAAAGUCUUCUGCAUCUUGCUUGUAAGAAUGGUCACUAUCAGACUGUGGAAACUCUCCUGAACCAUGAAUACGAUGUGAACGAAACAGAUGAUGAAGGAUUCACUCCUCUCAUGUUGGCAUGUUUAUAUGGCCACACUGACAUUGCAAUACUGCUGCUGAGUAGAGGAGCACAAGUGAACAUGCAAGCGAAUAAUGGGGGGUCUGCUCUGAUGCUAGCAAGUCAAACUGGACAUAGCGAUGUCGUUAAAAUAUUGAUAGAAAAAGGAGCACAAGUGAACAUGCAAGCGAAUGGUGGGUUCUCUGCUCUGAUGGGAGCAAGUCAAAAUGGACAUAGAGAUGUCGUCAAAGUAUUGAUAGAAAAAGGAGCACAAGUGAACAUGCAAAAGAAUGAUGAAUGGUGUGCUCUGAUGCUAGCAAGUCAAAAUGGACAUAGCGAUGUCGUUAAAAUAUUGAUAGAAAACGGAGCACAAGUGAACAUGCAAAAAAAUAAUGGGGGGUCUGCUCUGAUGCUAGCAAGUCAAACUGGACAUAGCGAUGUCGUUAAAAUAUUGAUAGAAAAAGGAGCACAAGUGAACAUGCAAGAUAAUAAUGUGUGGUCUGCUCUGAUGAUAGCAAGUUAUAAGGGACAUAACGAUGUCGUCAAAGUAUGA